AUGAUGUUUGCGGCGGUCCCAAAGUGCCUGCAGUCCGUGUUUGUGGAGCGUGUGCUGAACGAGCCGGAGUGUGGGGGGUUUUGGGUUGGGUGGGGGGGGGUGAGGGGUUUGGGGGAUAAAGGUGGGGGCUGGGGGAAAGAGGGGGGGGUGGCUGGGGGUGGGGGAUGGGGGGUGAUGGUGGUGGGGGCUGAGUGGAAGGGGUAUAGGAAGGAGGGGGGUGAGGGGGGAGGAUUGGGGGGUAGUAGGAGGGGGAGGGGGGGGGGGUGGGAUGGGGUGGUAAAGAUUAAAGGAAAAAUGGAGAGGAGUGUGAGAGUGUGGGGCGGGGAAUGGAGGGUUUGUCUUGGGGACUGA